AAGCGGCAGGCAUCUAGUGAUUAAGAAUAUUAGCAAAGAAGAAGGAGUUGGAUCAUGGUUAAGCUAAUGGUAGCUCAGCAGUAGAUUAUAUGGUCCAUUAUAGAGUUAAUAUGGAUAAAAAGAAGAAAACUCUUGAAGUAGCAGCUUCGACGCUGGUGGACCUUAAAGCGGAGCUUUACAGAAAGCAGGAACAAUUUAGACGGGAGAAACUCGGGCAGGAAAAUGCUGAAGCUGGACUCAAGACGAAAGUCACCUCUAAGAAACCUAACAUCUGGAUUAAACAAAACGCUGGCGUGUCAGCUAGAGCUGCUAAGGAUGCAGAGCAGCUGGCAGAGGAGCAGGUCACUCUGGAUACAGCCAGGCGUAAACUGGAGGAGAAGGCCAGACUCUAUGACCAGAUGACAAAGGGAGACUUUCCAGAUGAAGAGACGGAGGCACUAUACCUCGUCGACUUCACCCAGAAGAUAAUCAACAAGAAGAGAGAAAGUUUUGCACAGAAGGAGAUGCAGGAUGAGGAUAAAGCCAGGUUGUCACCCAUCCCUCCUCCCCAGAAUCCAGAUGAGGAAUGGGUGGAUUAUGUGGAUGCUUUGGGACGGUCUAGAAGAUGCAUGAAGAAAGAUCUGCCAAACUUUGUGAAAAUGGACCAGGAUUUUAACGGAAAAGGGAUAAUCCCAAACGACAAGAGCUUACUCUCAGAGGACAUGCGUCGAGAGCUGCAGCGGCAGGAGUGGGAGAGGGAGGAGGAGGAGGCCAUGAAGAGGCCGGUUGGACCGAUCCACUACGAGGACAUUAGAGCACAAGAGGCCCGAGAGCUCGGUGUGGGCUACUUCGCUUUCUCUCAGGACCAAGAGCAGCGCAGGAAGCAAAGAGAAACUCUGGACAUGCUCAGAGACCAGACGACAGAUCAGCGGACGAAAAGAGAACGACUCAAAGAGAAGAGGCAGGCCGUCCUGCAGGCUCGACUGGCCAAGGUGAGGCAGAGGAAGAUGAAGAAGUCAAAGCUGGAUGGCACUGAGGAAGAGGAGAAAGAGGAAGAAAAUCAAGUGGAGGAAGAGGAGGAUGAGCCAGUCGGACCGAUCCCUCAGCCGGACGUGCCGCCAGAGGUCAGCACUCUGAAGAGGGUGGAGGUGGAGAUCCAGGAGAGGAGGGACACCAAGCCUGGAGUCCCUCAUGUCAGAGAAUGGGACAGAGGCAAAGAAUUCAUGUUUAGCGAAUGGAAAACUCGACGUAGAGAUGAGCGAGAAUCUGAGUUUGCCCCUCCCUCUGCAUACUUCGCUGAUGACAAAAGACCAAAACCAGGAAAGGCUAAAAUUCAGCAGAAUAAAUCACACAUGUUCUUUAAGUCAACAACAUUCCCAGAAGAAGCUCCUGAGAGUGAGACCAAACCAGAACCUCCUGCUGUGUCGUCACCGCCUGAGCCUCAGAAGGAAAAUCCCCCAGCAUCCUCUCUGUCUCCACAACCCACACCUCCAGGCAGCUCCUUACCUUCAGCUCCACCUUUUAUUCCUCAGUAUCCGCCGCCUCCUCCUUUUUAUCCCCCGUUUCCUCCGCCGCCUCCCUUUCAGUUUGCAGGACCGCCACAUUCUUUUCCUCCGUUCCCCCCGAUGUACCAGUACCCGACCCAGUACGCAUCCCAGGAGCCGCCGCCUCCAGGAGAAGAAAGCCAGACUCAGCAGGUUUCUGGAGGCGGGCCUCAGAGUUUAGACGCCAUGUUGUCCUUCUACAGGAACUUUACCUGAGGGCUUCCUCCAUGAACAUAAAUACUUCAACUGAGGCAAUAGAAACUGAGUCUCACUAACAAUUAAAGUAUUUAAUAAACAGGUUUUCAUUGAAAACUGUUGCUUUUAGUUUUUAUUUUGCUGUAUUCAAAAAUGUUUUAUCUUUCAUGCUGCUCCAAGUAAAAUUCUUCAUGAAACUCUGUCCAAAGUGGUUUGGAUCUUCCUGAAAUGUGGAAGAUUGUCAUAUUCUACCUUCUCUGUUGCAGUAUAAAAGUAGCCACCAGAUGGCGCUUUACCUGUAUGUAAAAUUAAAAGUGUUCUGGAGCUAUA